AUGGUCGAAGCCAAGAAGGAUUCGAAGAAGCCCAGAAAAGCACCAAGAAUGGCGUCUGAUGAGGGAACUGCAGCCGCUGGAUCGUCCCGGGGACGUGGAGGACAUCGCGGAGGCGGUGGUGGUGGCCGUGGACGUGGCGGAGGCCGUGGUUCAGACCGGCCACAAGGCAGACAUCAUGGCGAUCAAAAAGAGAAGCAGCGCGAGCUGACCAAUCGCAAGGUCGACAUGCGCAAAUACGACAAGAUGAUCGCCUACAAUGAAAACAACUUCUCCGACAUUGUUCAAGUUGACCCGGUCAAGGAUGAGUGCACGAUUUGUUGCAAGCUGAACGACGUCUUUGGCGUUGGUCCUUGCCGACAUCCAAUUUGUAUCGAGUGCGCUAUCCGCUUACGGGUCUUGGGCGGUCAAACGACUUGUCCGGUGUGCCGUAGUGAAGUGGAUAUUAUGUGCUUCGGCUUCGCAAAAUCUGACCUAUCGAAGAUUCGGUUAGAGGGUACGCCUUCAAAACAUCCGGACGAAGAGCGGUUCAAAGUCACGUUUGAGAACGAAGCGGCCGGUAUCCGAUACGAGAAGUACUUGGCCCACGUGUGCAAAAUUUGCAAGAUGGAGGACGGGGAACGCUUGGAAUUUCCGACUUUCGUUUCGUUGCGCCAGCACAUGAGCGAAAUACAUCAUCUCAGCUAUUGCCACAUAUGCACCGACAACCUGAAUUUGUUUUCUCGUGAAAGGAAGACUUAUACAAGGGAGAACUUGACGCGCCAUCUCAAGUUUGGCGACCCGGAAGACAAAAGCCAGACUGGCCAUCCGACCUGCUUAUUCUGCGAUCAGCGUUUCUUCGACGAAGAGCUGCGCUAUCGUCACUUGCGAAAGGACCACUUCUUUUGCCAGUUUUGCGAAGCGGCCGGCACGUCGCUGAACACUUUCUACGGGAAACACGAUGAACUUGUGGCCCAUUAUGUCGAGAAGCACUAUGUGUGCGAUGUGCCCGAGUGUAAACAAGCUGGAAUCGCCUUUGCUGAUCCUUUCGAUUUGAAGAUUCACAAGUCAAAAGAUCAUGGAAACAGCCGGCAAGGCAUUCAGCUCGACUUUCAAUAUUCGGAUCGCCAACUCGGACGCGGUGCCCUUUCGGGUAGAGGACGUGGUGGAAGACCGGAACGACCGGCGCGUGAAGAAAGGCCGGAAUUUGUGGUGGUCCCCUCGGCCCAAUAUCGUGGCCCUAUCCGCUUCUCCACUGCUCCGGCCUACAACACGUCUGCCAAUGCCGAACAAUUCCCCUCGUUGCCCGGUUCAUCCGCCCCUGCUGCGGCCGUCAACCCGAAUGCUUUCCCGCGUUUGGGAAAGGUGAACAAGCCUGGACAGGCUCCUAAGGCUCCUGCUCUCAACCAGCACGAGGCUUUUCCUUCUCUUUCGGCGCGUCCCUCAGCUAGCAAGAAAUCAGCUGCGGCCGGCGAUUGGGGUCGGCACACGGGCGUCCACGCUGUCAUCGACGAUGAUGAACGGCGAGCUGGAUCUUCCCGAGCUGCUCCCACUCCUACCAACAAGAUAUCAGUCGUCCCCAAACCUCCUCCCUCGCAACAAACGAAGAAGCCACCUCCGCAGCCGACUCCUCGCUACGAGCCUGUCGAGGAUUUCCCUACGCUUCCAGCGGCGGGUCCUUCAACCAUGUCGCCUCGUCCAAAGCCGACGGCAAACUACGCCAAUAAGGCGGCUGCUUCGCAACCCCAGAAGAUUGGCGGUUUGCUGGCUCAUGCUCAGCCAACACAGCAAAAGAAAAAGAAGAAGAAGACAAAACCGGAUGUGCCAUAUGUGCCGCCAGAGUAUGUCGAGCCUCCGGAAGCGGAAUGGGAAGAUGUGCCCGUCAAGCCGAAGAUUGUGAAGGGCAAGAAAGUGAAGAAGGCUUUGGAAUCGAACCAAAUUGUCGGCGCGGUCGUGCCUUCUGGAUUCUCGGCCCUGAGCCGAGGCCGCCAGCCGAGCAGCAGCGAGGAGAGUGACAGCGAUGAAGAAGAAGCGGCAAAACCGGCACCUGCAAAGCCGGCUGCCAAUCAAAACAAGCCUGCUCAGCCCAAAAAGCCGGCCAAUGAUGAGGAGGCUAAGACGAAUUCGAAUAAUAAUAUAAACUUGAAAAAGAAUUCUUCUACAGCUGAGCCCGCUGCUCCUGAAGCCGCGUCAAAGCAGAAUGGAGGAAUUUUGAGCGGGCUUUUCUCCUUCACGGACCUCAUCUCCAGCUGGACCAGCCCCGUCGUCGUGGAUUCUGCCCCUCCGGGCAUCGCCGCUCCAGCAAAGGCUCCGACGCCGACCACAAACUCGUUGUCAUUUGCGCCGCCGCCAGGAUUCGAGGGCGUCGUGCCGAAGCCCAACAACGCGCGCCAC